AUGUCCGACCCCGAGCUCGACGCCGCGGCGGCGACGCUUCGCGGGAGCACCGCGGAGGCGCGCGAGCCGCACGCGCGGCUCGCGGCGAUCGAGACGCUGUCCCGCGUCGCCGCGGACGCGACCGACGACGACCCUCGAUCGACGACGACGAUCCGACGCGACGACUUGGCGGAAUUACUGACGCGCGUCGCCGUCGACGCGCGUUCGACGGAGACGCCCGAGUGCCGCGCCGCCGCGCUGCUCGCGCGCGCCGCGCUUCGCGGGAAGCGCGGCGACCUCGACGUCACCGCGGACGUCGACGCGGACGCGAGCGACGUCUUCCCGCGCCUCGCCGCGUUCGCGCGGGCGUCGUCGUCGAACGCAACCGCGACCGCCGCGAUCGCCGACGACGAAUCCGACGACGGCGACGCGCUCGCGACCGAGCUCGACGUCCUCGGAUUCGUCGGCGCGCGCGCGCCCGCGACGCUCGCGGCCGCGAGCGUCGAGCUCGUGUCGCGCGCCGCCUCGGACGCGUCGACGACGACGGUGUGGGCCGCCGCGGUGGCGUGCGCGUGUCGCAUCCUCGGAGCAUCAGGCGCGGGAACGACGCCGUCGCCGGCGGCGUCGCUGAUCCCGCGGCUCGUCGCGAUGCUCUCGGACGCGUCGCCGCACGCGCGCGGCGGCGCCGCGCGCGUGCUCGGCAAAGCCUCCGAGCUGGUCCCGUGGGGGAAAAAGAGGAAGACGAGCGGGGCGGGCGGCGGCGGCGGUACAGCCGGCGGCGGAGGUACAGCUUGCGGCGACCGCGACGACCGCGACGACGCGCCGGCUGUACCGCCGCCGGCGUUGCUCGCGCUCCUGUGCGACGGCACGCCGUGGAUCCGGCACGCGGCGGCGACCGCGCUCGGCGGCGUCGCGACGGGAGCCGGUGCCGCGGCGGCGCCGAGCGCGGCGGUGGUGAAGAGAGAAGACGUAGCGGACGCGAAGAGCGAACUCGCGGAGAAGAACUUGAGGUGCGCUGCCGCGCUGCUCUCGGACGGAUGCGCGCAAGUCAGAUUGGCGGCGACGCACGCGCUCGCGUCUCACGGCGCCGCCGCGAAGAGAGCGACGGACGCGCUGCUUCCGAACCUCGCGUCUCGCGACGCGUUCUUGCGCGAGAAGACGCUGAGGGCGCUGGCGUCGAUAUGGGGGGACGUCGACUUCGCCGUCGCGGCGGCCGCGAGCGCGAACGCGAACGCGAACGCGAACGCGACGGAGACGACGACGAACGCGGCGGCGGAGGCGUCGCCGGCGGCGACGACGAAGUCGGAACCCGCGGAGCGCGUCGUCGUCGACGACGCCUCGGCCUCGGCCGCCGCCGCGCCCGCCGCGGCGGCCGUCGAGUGCGCCGCCGCCGCGGACGUCGCCGCCGCCAACCGAGCGAAGGAAGCCGCCGACCGAGCGAAAGAAGCCUUGGACGCGCCGGGCAAAGCCCUCGUCGCGCUCGCGGCGCGUCGCGCGUUCGACGACGCCGACGGCGGCGUGCGCGAAGCCGGCGCGGAGCUCAUGGGCCUCCUGAAGGCGCACGCGACCCCGCACGUGGACGCGCUGAAUCGUCUGAUGAGCGGCGACGGCGACGAGGGCGUGCGAGACGCCGCGACGGACGCGCUCGUGCGUCUCGGGUACUACAACCCGUGGACGAAGCAAGCGCGCGUGAAAGCCGUGGACCGAGCGACGGAUACGCACACGCUCCUGUACAUCGAAGACGGCGUCGAGGAGACGAUCGACCUGAAGAACGAGCGCGUGGAGCUGCGAUACAAGCCACACAAGCGCGGCGCGAAGGAGAGCUGGAUGCCGAUCCGCGACCCGUCGAAGAAGGCGAAGGCGCCGAAGGCGCCGAAGCGACCGAGAGAGCCGAAAAAACCGAAAGAGCCCAAGCCGAAAAAACCGAAAAAGAUUAAACCGCCCAAGCCUCCGAAGCUGCGCGCGCCGCCGCCGGCGAAAGUUCGCGUCGUCGCGGUGGCGAAGGACCAGAUCGUGCGCGCGGGCGCGCACGUCAGGGUUUGGUGGCCGCUGGACGAGGCGUGGUACGGCGGCGAGGUGUUAUCGUACGACGAAGAGACCAAGACGCACGCCGUGAAGUAUUACGACGGCGUCGAAGAGCGUCUGAACUUUAACAAAGAGAAGGUGACGACGGUGGAGCGCGGGGACGGGGACGGGGAUGGUAACGGAUCGGGCGCGGGCGUUACUUCUUCCCUUUCCUCCCUCUCGUUCCCGUCGAUCCACGGCAUGCCCCCCGUGCGAAUUCCCGUCGUCGGCGGCGAGACGCGCGCGUGGUUCCUCCCGUCUCCGCGCCGCGGGGAAGAGAAAAUUUCGUUUCUCGAGAAGGACGCGAGCACGGGCGAGGAGACGACGGUCGUGAUGUCCGCGGUCGAUUUCAACAACACCAAGUGUCCGGACACGGAAGGUCCGAAGCGAUGGCGCCGAACGAUUCGGUUCGACGCGUCGCGAGCGUCCGAGCGUCUGAGACACCGGGGCGGGCACAAGGAGAUUUCCAUCGGGCGGUGGUUGCUGCAGCAAGGGGGCGCGUGGGGGGAAGCGAUCGUCGGGCGGCCGAUUCGGCUCAGGCCGUGGGGGUGGACGUACACCGAGGACGCGCUGGUCGAGGGCGAGCGCGUCGCGGACGAGGCGUACGAGCGCGAGAAGCGCGAGAGGGAGGAAGCGGCGGCGGCGGCGGCGGCGGCGGCGGCGGCGACAGACGCGGCUCCGGCGGAGGCGACCGACGCGGCAGCGGCGGCGGCGGCCGAAGAGAGCGCGCCGACGGCGGAGGGCGGCGGCGGCGUCGACGAGGACGUCGCGAUGACGGACGCGGCGCGCGUGGAGGAAAAUGAGAAUGAGAAGGAGGAGACGGAGAGGAAAACGGACGCGGACGCGCCGGCGACGGGGGCGGAGGACGCCGACGAAGCCGCCGCCGACGCCGCCGACGACGCCGACGACGACGACGCGAAAGAGAGCGCGAAGGAGGAGUGGUGGGACGCGUCCAUCGUGAAGUACAACGCGACGACGGGCGAUCACCAGGUGAUGUACGAGGACGGCGUUCGCGAGUGGCUCUCGCUCGUGUGUCAGGAGUCGGAUAGCCUCAAAGCGUGA